GUGGGCGGGGCACUGAAAUGGAGUCAGCCAAUGCCUGACGCACUACGCGCAAUCACCAAUGGCGACACGGAUAUGGCGACGUGGGCGGGGUUUCGACCCAAAGUGAUGUAAGAGCUGCGCCUAUUAGUACCGUUCUCGCCGUCACAGCCGGCGCCGACGCCUCCGCCUCCUUCUGGCUUCAUUCAUCAUUUUUCACUGCUUUCAUUCACGAAGAUAGUGAGGCCUACUCGAAAGUCAUGGAGAGCGUUGUCCCGGCCGCCGGUUUCCUGUAUUGGGUGGGCGCGGGCACCGUGGCCUACCUGGCCCUGCGCAUCUCGUACUCGCUCUUCACAGCCCUUCGGGUCUGGGGCGUGGGUAACGAGGCGGGGGUUGGCCCCGGGCUCGGUGAAUGGGCAGUUGUCACAGGUAGUACUGAUGGAAUUGGAAAAUCAUAUGCAGAAGAGUUAGCAAAGCGUGGAAUGAAGAUUGUCCUUAUCAGCAGAUCACAGGAUAAACUGAACCAGGUUUCUGGUGAAAUAAAAGAAAAAUUCAAAGUGGAGACAAGAACCAUUGCUGUUGACUUUGCAUCAGAAGAUAUUUAUGAUAAAAUUAAAACAGGCUUGGCUGGUCUUGAAAUUGGCGUAUUAGUGAACAACGUGGGAAUGUCAUAUGAGUAUCCUGAAUACUUUCUGGACAUUCCUGACUUGGACAAUACCAUCAAGAAACUGAUAAAUAUUAAUGUUCUUUCUGUUUGUAAGAUGACACGAUUGGUGCUGCCUGGCAUGGUAGAAAGAUCAAAAGGAGUGAUUCUGAACAUCUCAUCUGCCUCUGGCAUGCUUCCCAUCCCGUUGCUGACUGUCUACUCUGCAACCAAGGCUUUUGUAGAUUUCUUCUCUCAGUGCCUCCACGAGGAGUAUAGGAGCAAGGGCAUCUUUGUGCAGUGUGUCCUGCCAUACUUCGUAGCCACAAAACUGGCUAAAAUCCGGAAGCCAACUUUUGAUAAACCCUCUUCGGAGACGUUUGUGAAGUCUGCGAUUAAAACAGUAGGCUUGCAAUCCCGGACCAAUGGAUACCUGAUCCAUGCUCUUAUGGGCUCAAUAUUGUCGAUCCUGCCUUCUUGGAUCUAUUUUAAAAUAAACAUGGAUGUCAACAAGUCCACACGGGCUCGCUAUCUGAAGAAGAACAAGAAGAACUAAGCAUUGAUAACUGCGUUGAGUAACUUGGCCACGUGCUCCAGCCUGUGUGUGUUCACUGCAAAGCACCCCACUGGUCUUUAAAACCUGCAGUUAUCUUUUGAAUAGUUUCCAUACUAACAUGGCUAAAUAUUGUCUUAAUUGGGAGGAAAACAGAAGUUGUUUUUAGAAGUUUCUAACAUUUAUUCUGGCUACUACUAGGAGUAAUUUUGAAGUUCAAUACAAAUGCUCAUAUCAAAUGAAUAUAGCACUAAUAUUACCAAAAACACUUAAUAGGAAGGAAGAUGAUGAUAGCAAAUCACGGAAUGGUAGAGUCCAACAUAAAACUCAACAGUUUUAUCUGUUCCAAAAUGCCAUUGAUCAUUGUUGUAUUUUCUCUGAAACUGAUUAUAAAAAGUAAUGUAUAGAUAUUCUUUUUUGUUUAUAACACUUUGAGGGAAUGAAGAUUUUUUUUUUUUUUUUGAAACAGAGUCUCGCUCUG